AUGCACGAGCGAGCUCAGCAUAGUUCAAGGGUGCUUGAGCACAAGGAAGAGCUUCAAGAUACAGCAGGAAAGCUGCAAGAAAAUCCUCCGGAAGCCUCAUUCCAAGAUUCAUCUGGAAGCUCCAGCGAGGACAGAGAUGGUGACAAUGACUUCCAAGAUUUUGUUCCCACUUCGGCAGCAGUUGGAAGUGGCAGUCGUAGACGGAGCUCGGGACACUUGAACUUUGUUGAUUUGGUCUCCGCAGGGAUCGGUUCAUACCUGGCUGGACUGGAAGCGAAACAGAAAGACAGUGCUACUGUCUACAGUCGGUCUACCGGAACAGAAUCAUCAAGGUGGCGGAAGUGUCUUGAGAUGCUCUCCAACAAGUAUGCAAAGAGACCAGUGAAGGACCUGAACGAUGAGUCAGCAAGAAGCUCAAAUCAUGCAGCGGGCUCUGAGAGAGUGGUGCUGAAAAGGCCAUGUGACGGCCGACCGACGCGCCAAGAGCUGGGACCCUGUGUUCCACCCACUGGACUGGAAUUCGAACAUUUUCCAGGUGCAGAUGGUUUGCCUAGACUAUCUUUCUGUUCAUCGUUCGAGUCCGGCAAUUUGGCCGUGGCUCAGUGUGAGGGCCCUGACCUAUACACGCUCUUAGUGGAUGUUGAUGCCAACACAGACGGCUACACUCAGUGGUUUUACUUUGCAGUGCAGGGAGGAAGUUGUGGUUUGAAAGUGACAUUCCGCUUGGUGAAUAUGGCCAAGUCCGGAUCGCUCUUCGGCGAAAAAGGGAUGAAGCCAGCAGUUUGGAGUGAGAAAUCAGGCAGAGGAUGGGAGCGUGGAUGUGCGGACGUCAGCUAUUUGAAGUCUGCCGAAGCUCCUGCGAAGCAACCGCUGAUGAGUGGACAGAAGCAAUGGUAUACACUAUCGUUCAGCUACACCUUCGAGUAUGACGAUGACACGGUCUUUUUCGCGUACCACUACCCAUAUACGUACAGCCACCUGUGCGACUUUAUUGAUGCUCUCGAAGCUCAUCCCUAUGCUGGAAGUCUAUUUAGCAGGAGGGUGUUGUGCCACACCAUAGGAGAUUUGCCUUGUGAAGUGCUUGAUGUGGAUUGUGAUCCACCGGAUUCUCCUACUGACAGAGGUAUUGCCGUGAUUACGGCUAGAGUCCACCCAGGAGAAUCAAAUGCUUCCUGGAUGAUGCAUGGCUUUAUGUCCUUCCUGCUAUCACCUGCCGCUGAAGCCAAAGCCUUGCGGCAGGCCUUCAAAUGGCUGAUUGUACCCAUGCUAAACCCAGAAGGUGUGGUGCGUGGUUGCUACCGCUGUGGCCUUGCUGGCACAGAUUUGAACCGUGUAUAUGCGAAGCCGAGCAAGAUCCUCCAUCCGGAGAUUUACCACUUGAAAGAAACCAUAAAGAGAGCUGGUCGCACUGUAGAACUUUUUAUUGAUUUUCACGGGGACUCGAAGAAAGAAGGUAUUUUCUUUUAUGGUGGAAAAGCUGAAGACAGGGAUCGGAAUGCUGACAUUCGGCUACUUCCCAGGCUUUGCUGCCUGGGCUCUUCAGACUUCAAGUGGCGCAAGUGUGCCUUCAAUUUGAACGAAUCCAAAAUGUCCACAGCACGAUUGGUGGGCUUCCGGGAACUUGGCAUUCAGCGAGUAUAUACUGUGGAAGCUUCAUUUGCAGGGAGUGGUCAAGCAGUGCUCGAAUUGGAGGCUGAGGCGUCCGAGGUGUCCGAGGCGUCCGAGGUGUCCGAGGCGUCCGAGGCGUCCGAGGCGUCCGAGGCGUCCGAGGCCUCAGAUGCGGUAGGAGGAGCACAGGAAGGGCAAGAGGAGAAAUCUGCAUUGGAAGAGCAUCAAGAACAGAUCAAAGAGGCGGCGACGGUCUUGUUGCAGCAGUUUGCUACACAUGAGAGAGGAGAAUCUGUAGCAGCUGGCGGCACCGCAAUGCGAAAGGGCACAAGAUCUGAUUUGGCGCAGGUGCAACAGUCAUUUCGGAGGAGAUCCUUGCGGCAAAUGACCUCACGGAGUGGAAGUGAAGAAGAUUUGAAGAGCCCGAAAGAAGCCAGUCCUGUCAAUCCCAGACCUUCUCAUCUCAGACAACCAAGCUGCCCAGUAAGCCCCAAUGGACCUACAAACCCCAGGAUGUCCGGAGCCUCAUCGCCGAAAGCGGCUCAAAGUGCUUCCAAGGAGCUGCCUGCAAAAUCCAGGGAGAAGGUCAAGCAAAACAAGAGGAGAGCCUCGGAGAUGGGAGAAGAGCACCCUGAGAGCAUUUCGAAUGAAUUCAAUCCCAAACGCUUGGAACUUGCGGGUCCUACGAUUGGGCGAGCGAUUUGUGCUGUAUGGCAAUUGGAAGUGCCAGCGGCAGAUCAGCAACCACUUGAUGGCUUUUUGGAUGGGACCGAAUCAAAACAAUGGCCUCAUCUCCACUACCACCGAUUGAAAGCAGAAGCUGCACAGCGGGAGCUCAGCAAGCUUCUCAGUGGCAGGGUUGGCCACGAAAGGAAUGGGGAUGAUGAUGACGGCUCAGAUUCAAAUCCUAGUGCGGAUGAAAAGCCUGUUUUGGAGCUGCGCAAACUGCAACGGCGUUUGGCAAGAAAGUCUAAGAGGCAAAAGACCUUCAAGUUUGUGGCUGAGAGUGAGCCAGAGGAGGAAAUUAAGUAUCGGGUGGUGGUGGCGUUUGGAAAAGCUGUGAAGAUCCCAAUUAGAGGAGGUGGAAGCGCUCAGAAGGGGACCAAGAUUGGAGAUGCAGUGGAGAAGCUCAUCAAGCGGAACGGUGAAAGACGCGCAUCGACGAACGACAUGUCCAGGCAUCAUGUUGAGCACUCUUCACAUGGAGGUGAUGCAAACCGUGCGAGGUCAGAAAGCCCUGAAAGAUCUCCGCAAGAUUCGAAUGACUCAAUGGCCCCUUCACCGCGCUGUUCCAAGCCCAACCCCAACUUGCUGCUGCCUGCCAUGCUUGGCUCCCCAAAUCCACGAGCUAUGUUGCGGCGUUGGACAAGAACGAGCGAAUCGUCAAUAGUGCCGGGUGCCAGUUCAAAUCAACAUUCUGACGAAGAACCUUUCGACACUGAGCCCUCUGACUGCCCCUGGCCCGUUAUCAAGACGGACAAAUCCGCGCAGCUCCACGUGAUUGAUCUUCAAGUCUGCGGUUCCCCGAGUUCUCGCGCGGCUUCGCCAACAGGUAAUUCUGUAGUGGGUGAGGGUUCACCAAUUGAGGAUUCUUCGCCAGUUUGUGAUGAAUCCAUGUUCGCUGCACCUACUGAUGGAACUGAUCCCAGUUCAUCACCUUUGCGAACAAAGAGCCGCAGAAGGCCUGGUUCCGCAGUCCAGGAGGGUACAAGGCCUAUCGUGUAUAGCCCUGGAGUUCCUCCUGUCACAGGCUCCAACGCUGGAGGUUCGACAAUUCAGAUUGAGUUGCCUGCAUCGGUGGCCGUGGAGGUGACAGACAAACGGCCUGUCAUUCACCAGGUACGGACAGUUGCAGCAUCUGUGAGAGCCCGGACGCCGGAUGUGGCGGAAACAAAACUUUCGCACGUUACUUUGCCUGACAUUCCAGGACGUUUCUCAGAUGCAGAACGACCUCCAGUUCAAAGCUUCAAGGACUGUGUGGAGCGAGAAGAUGGCACAGAAGCACGCAGAGGACACAGUCCACCCAAAGUUGCACGACCCCGAACACCUGCAGCACAGAAGGUCACUCGAAUUCUCUCUGGACCUGCUUCGUCUGUGCGAACAGAUCCUGACCCACAGAAAGAUCACCCAGAAAGAGGUGCAGCCGAGGAGAUGCACGUGACUAUCGUGAACGACGAGGUUGACAAGAAGUCAAAAAUGCUCAGCAAAGUCUCUGUUCACUUCAAGACUUCACAACCAUCACAGCCAACUGUCCCUGCAACUGCGGCGAAGGUCACACCGCAUGUUCGGCGUGUUGGCAGAAGUACGCUUCCAAAGGGUCAAGUGCAAGAGACCUUGCAAUUACGACCUGACGGAGAACAAACGGUGUCAGAUGCACCACUUUCGCAAAGGGCAAUUUUUAAAGAUGACUCGCCUGCGUCAUCGCCUGCUGCUCGACCACACUCAGCUGAAAGAUGGAAGGUAACUCGAGCUGGUUCGCCAGAAAGGAAAUGUAGCGAAGCUAAAGUUGCUUUGCUUGAGCUCUGUGGUUCUUCGAUCAGAGCUUCUGGGACUGUGGAGGAUCCUGCAUCUUCAGCUUGGGAAUUCAAGCAGCCAUGGCACCUGCAUGCAGAAAGGCAUGGUGUCCACGACCGACAAAGAGCCGUUUCUCAAUUGGCUGAUCCAGCUGCAAGAAGCUGCGCUGGCAGGUUGCGAAAAGGAGGCUGGCCAAAUCUCAACACAGAGUGA